AUGUCAAUUUUCAAGAGAAAAACAAUCUGUAACGUUUGUGGCCCUCAACCCUCCUCUGAUUCACUAAAGAGUUCUGUGAAGAUUGCAGGACUGGAAUCACCAUCGGGCCGGGCUACAAACUUAGGUUAUUCAAAACCCUGGCUAGUCAGCAAGUUGCAGGUGUGUUGCAAUGGCUUAAGAAAGACGUUUCUCGCUGGCUUUGCUGCUACCCAAUUUAACAAUAGCAACCACGCUGACAUUUUUGUCAAGUCUGGAGACGACGACGAACCUUCGUUUCCUGCUCAUAGAGUGAUUUUGGCAUCAAGCUCUGAGAAGUACGACAUCCGGUAUCUUCAAAGGCAUUGUGUGAAUCAAAUGGUCGCACAAUUAGCCACCUCAAAUGUACUUGAUGUCUUAGAAAUCGCUGAUUCUUCUGCCCUCUCCGACAAGACACUGAAGCAUGAUGCGUUGAACUACAUUGCAAACAACAAGGAUUCUGUUGUAUCAACUCAGAAUUUCGCUGAACUAACUGCUAGCUAG